CCGCGACUCCACGUGGUCGUUCCAUAGAAAAGGAACUGUGAAAAUAAAGCUAUCAGUAAUUGUUCGAUGGUAAUAUUAAUAGUAGACGAAGGAUGACAGAGGAGAAGAAAUCGAAGAAAAGAAAAUUAAUCGAAGCGCAAGAAGCAGUUAUUUUUAUAUUAGGCAGCGAGGAACCUGAUUCAUCCGAACAGGAUUUUAUAAUCAAACCACAAUCAACGCCUCCUCUUGACACCUCUGAAUGGCCGCUCCUUUUAAAAAACUAUCACAAGAUGGUUGUCCGCACUGGACACUACACUCCUCUUGAAACAGGCUGCCCUCCGUUGCGACGUCCUAUAGGGGACUAUGUUAAACAUGGGUUCAUCAAUCUUGAUAAGCCAGCUAACCCAUCAUCACAUGAAGUUGUGGCAUGGAUAAAAAGGAUAUUGCGUGUGGAGAAGACAGGCCACAGUGGCACACUGGAUCCACAGGUCACUGGCUGUCUGAUCGUUUGCAUUGACAGAACUACAAGACUAGUAAAAUCGCAACAAGGAGCAGGUAAAGAGUAUGUGUGUGUGGUGAAGUUUCACAAAGAAGCUAAAGAGAGUGACAUUGUAAAGAUACUCCAGACAAUGGUUGGCUCACUUUUUCAACGUCCUCCACUUAUUUCAGCUGUCAAGAGACAAUUGAGAAUUAGGACCAUCUACGAGAAUAAAUUAUUGGAAUAUGAUGACCAAAGACAUCUAGGUGUUUUUUGGGUUAGUUGUGAGGCAGGUACUUAUAUACGUACACUCUGUGUUCAUUUGGGUCUUAUGGUUGGUGUUGGGGCUCAUAUGGCAGAGCUAAGACGAGUUAGGUCUGGAAUACAGUCUGAGAACGAUGAUCUGGUAACUAUGCAUGAUGUAUUGGAUGCACAGUGGCAAUAUGAUAACAUGAAAGAUGAAUCUUACUUGAGGAAAGUAGUAAAACCGUUAGAAGCUUUGCUCACCUCUCAUAAGAGACUAGUCAUCAAGGAUAGUGCUGUUAAUGCCAUAUGCUAUGGUGCUAAGGUCCAGCUUCCUGGCGUCCUGAGAUUUGAUGAGGGGAUUGAGCCUAAGAUGGAGAUUGUCAUAAUGACUCCAAAAGGAGAAGCUGUUGCAUUAGGCAUUGCUUUAUUAUCAACAGCAGAAAUGGUCACUUGUGAUCAUAAUUCUUGUGCCAAGAUCAAGCGUGUUAUUAUGAGUAGAGAUGUAUAUCCAAGGAAAUGGGGACUUGGACCAAAAGCUUUAGAGAAGAAGAAAAAGAUAGCUGCCGGAGAAAUACCAAAAUAUUCCAAGGAGAAAAAUAAAGUGCCAACUCCCCCAGUUGCUACAACAACUGUUAGUCCUCCUGCUGGUGCACCUGUAGAAGAAGAGCCAAUGGAAACUGAGUGUUCACCAGAUUCUGUAACUAGUGAGGCUGCAGGAAAGAAAGAGAAAAAGAAGAAGAAAAAGAAGAAAGACUCGAAAUCAGACGAAGAAGCUGAAGAACAUCAUCAUAAGAAGAAGAAGAAGAAUAAGAAAGAGUCGCAAUCAGAUGAAGAUUUAAUUGAGGAUAACAUUCAUAAGAAGAAGAAAAAGAAGCACAGUAAAGAGACGGCAGAGGUGGAAACUUGAUGCCAAAAGCAAAAA